UCUCUCUCUCUCUCUCUCUCACACACACACAUGCACAAAGACAGCCUCUGGAUCCUGGCGCACGCUGGAGCAGAGGAAUCAGAAACAUAGCGACACAGAAGGGCUAGCAGGCAGACAGGCAGGUGGAAACACUAUCCCUUUGACUGGACUGGGAGAGACUGUACUGGGGGAGGCUAACCUCGUCAUGGCAACAAACCGACCUCUCUAAGGAUUAAACUUCUCUUCCUCCGAAGGACUUCAUCUUCCUUCAUCCUCUCCUCAUUCAUUUUUCACCAUCCUUUUUCUACUAUCGUUCCUUUUUACAUUUGAUUGGUUGUUGCUACCGGCAGGAGAUCGAUGUGAGGAUUAUACCAACAGUUCUCUCUCCGUUUCUUUAUAUUAGGAUAGAUUUUUUUGGCCGUUUUGGUUUGGGCGUUGGGGUUGGUGGUGGGUGGCUGGUAUUUUGGAAGGGCUGAGUAUCUAUUCCUUGCCCCUCUCCCCAGGAGGAGGCUGGCAUCGGGGCGUCCUGAUGCCAGAGCCCGUCUAGAGAGGGUGGACGCGGGACGCUCCGACAUGCCCCACCCCCUUCACUCUGCCGGGCCCCCUGAUUGGCGGAGCCAGGGGAGGACCUCGCACACAACCACACCAACCAGACCUGUUCUGCUGUGUCUCCUGUGUGUCCUGUCUUCCCUGGUGGAUCUAACCACCGCCUGUCCUGCGACCUGCCUCUGCAACGCCACCGACGUAGACUGCAGUGGGCGCGGCCUGCUCUCCAUGCCCGCCCUCACCCAUCUCCCCGUCACCGCCCGCACCCUCCUGCUGCCCAACAACCACCUCUCCUCCCUGGGUCCAGGGUCCUUCGCUAACCUCACCUCCCUGGAGCGACUGGAUCUCUCCAACAACUACCUGGAUGAUUUACCCCCAGUGCUCUUCAAGGACCUGGGGAAUCUAUCAGAUCUGACCCUCCACAACAACAGUCUUAGGGCCUUGAAUAGGGAUCUCUUCCAGGGGCUGGUGGGGCUGAGGAAGCUAGAUGUCUCCCUCAACGGGCUGUCUGAUAUCCCCUUGGGUCUGCUGGAUGAGCUGCAGGGGCUGACGUGGCUCUCCGUGGCAGGGAACAGGCUCCAUGCCCUGGAGAGAGCAGCCUUCGAGCCCCUGGCUAACCUCCAGUAUCUUCAGCUAGGGGCUAACCCCUGGGAGUGUGACUGCAACCUGAGGGACUUCAAGCACUGGAUGGAGUGGCUGCUGUACAGAGGUGGUAAGGUAGAUGGGGUGGAGUGUACCCUCCCUAAGGACCUGCGAGGGCGGGAUAUCCGUGGCGUUCCAGUGGAGAUGUUCAACUACUGCCUCCAACUGGAUGACGAGAACAGGGGAGGAGGGGGGCCGCGGAGCGGAGGAAAAGAAGGUUCAUCCCCGCCCUGCGGCCGAACUACCGGCUCCGGAGGCACCGGCGGAGCCCCCACGUCCGAAGUCCCCGCUGCGGGCGACCUGGUGCCCGUCCCGGACUGUGUGCGGCGGCGCUACCAGCCGGUGAGCGUGCGGAGGGCCAUCGGGACGGUGGUGAUAGCCGGGGUGGUGUGUGGUAUCGUGUGUAUCAUGAUGGUGGGGGCAGCGGCCUACGGAUGUAUCUAUGCCUCGCUCAUGGCCAAGUAUCAACGAGAGCUGAAGAAGAGGCAGCCGCUGAUGGGAGACGGGGAGGGGGACGCAGAGCCUGAGGACAAGCAGAUCUCCUCUGUGGCAUAGAGGGGUCAGGGGUUGGAGGUCAGGGGUCAGGGUUGAAAGGGCUCUAUUCCUCCUCUCCCUCCUUAUUCUUCUCUCUGGAUGCUGUCCUACUGUGCCGCUUCUCCUCCUCCUCCUCCUCCUCCUCCUCCUCUCCCCCUGAAACUAACCAGCUCCUGCUACUGUCUUCUCUAUCUCCACCAAAUGACAAUCACAAUGUGUCCUCUCCUCCACUCUGAACCCUGAUCUCAUUCUGAGAUGAGAUGAGACAGACAUGAACGUGUCAGACCACUAGACAACCGCCUGAUAGUGUGAUCAACAAACUCUGAACCUCCAAUGACCCUUCUCUAUCCCUCAGCCCACAAACCCCACGGCCCCGCAGAAACAAGAACUGGGUCUGGUCUGGCAUGACAUGGUGGAGGGAUGGCCUGAUUCUCUCUGUCCUCUCACUCCUGUCGUUCUCUGAGAUGGAGGGAUGGCCUGGUUCUCUCUGUCCUCUCAAUCCUGUCGUUCUCUGAGAUGGAGGGAUGGCCUGAUUCUCUCUGUCCUCUCAAUCCUGUCGUUCUCUGAGAUGGAGGGAUGGCCUGGUUCUCUCUGUCCUCUCAAUCCUGUCGUUCUCUGAGAUGGAGGGAUGGCCUGAUUCUCUCUGUCCUCUCAAUCCUGUCGUUCUCUGAGAUGGAGGGAUGGCCUGGUUCUCUCUGUCCUCUCCCUCCUGUCGUUCUCUGAGAUGGAGGGAUGGCCUGAUUCUCUCUGUCCUCUCAAUCCUGUCGUUCUCUGAGAUGGAGGGAUGGCCUGGUUCUCUCUGUCCUCUCCCUCCUGUCGUUCUCUGAGAUGGAGGGAUGGCCAGACGCUCAGAGGGAUAUUAAAAAACAAGGGAUUAAAAGAUGCUGCUAUUGUCUUUUAUCCCUCCAGAAGGUUUUAUCCCUCCAUCCCUGUGUUCCCACCAGCUGUAAGAGUACACAACAGUUGUGGGGACUUUUCCUCUUCCUUCCUCCUCCCUUUCAUCCCUCUGUUCCCACCUCCUGGAGGAGUACACACACGCUGUGGGGACUUCUCUCUUCCCUCUCUGUGUAAUCUCUAUGGAUGGACAUCAACCUCUCCUACGAACUAGCAGGAUCUUCCCCCAGCCCUGAAUUGGCUGGACAACCAGAGUGUAUAUGAUUCUAUACUGCUCUAUGGUUUAGAUGAUUUAAUAUAGCCUCUAUUACAUGCAGUGACCCAACUCCUGGUUUUUGACAAACAUUCAUUUGGUCCCGUGUCAGUUUUUCAUUUGGUUUUGUUGGUUUUGUUUGCGUGAUAACCUGAUCUCCUGUAACGUUUUAGAGCUUGUUAGAUUUGCUCCGACAAAACCCUACAGGUAUACAGUCUUGCUAGCGAUGUUGGUAAAAAAGGUAACUACCAAGUGAAUCCAGUUGUGUUGUUGUUAAAUGGGUAAUAACCCACGUACAGUACAGUACCACAGUUCUCUGUGAAGUGGAAUGAGACCCUGGACCACUACCCAGGAUUCCAUAGUAGCUUGGGAGGCGUGUCUUGAUAACAGAUCUUAAUAUGAUGGUAGAUAAACAGGCUGAUGCUGAUGAAAGAGAACUAGAGACAGAUGAAAUGGGAUGUAUGGGAUGAAAUGGGAUGUAUGGGAUGAAAUGGGAUGUAUGGGAUGAAAUGGGAUGUAUGUGAUGAAAUGGGAUGUAUGGGAUG